AUGUAUCUCUUCGAUGACCCAACAACAACAAACACAUUAGAUUUCUGGCAAAAGGAAAUCACAAGGUAUCUUGACAUCGCAACGCCAAGAUAUCUACUUGGCGUUGGGGAAAAGUUCCAGAAGAGUGUGUAUGAGAAAGCAAACGAAUUCGCAGCCGAAAGUCUUUUUACACACCAAUACAUCGAGUUAACUGAACUGAAAAACUGUGUCAAUUUUAUUAAAGAAAUUAUCGACGCAAAAGUUCAGCCGUUACCUCAGAAAAAUAUUACAGACGAAAAAACAACAAACAGUUGUUGUGUUAUUCUUUGA